AUGAACGCAACGCUAUCUGCAUCAGCUAACUCGAGCUCCUCGUUUGACAUUUACCAGCUCGUUGGCUGGGUCUCAUCUGAUACCACGCGCGGGAGUAUCGACAUUCUUUGGAUCUGCUGCGUCAUCAUCAUUCUAUGCUGCUGGGUCUCUACGUUUCCCAAUGUCCCAUCCAUGAAUGACAAGUGGUAUCACCCCCUUGUUGACAAGGCUAACCUCGCCUUCGUCGGCUUAUUGGGUCCGAAUUUCCUCUUCACCAUUGCCCUUGGCCAGUUGUCGAGCGCCAGGCGGAGCGUCAGGCUAUUCCGAACAUUGCCUCAGCGUCCACUCGAAUGGAGCCUUGUACACGGGUUCUUUGCGGAUAUGGGCGGAUUUCAUCUCGCAAGCGCCGACUAUUCCCCUUUCCCCGUCAACGCCGAGCAGCUUCAUUAUCUCAUCAGAUAUGGUCAUGUGGACUUUCCGAACUUGACCAAGCGCGACAUCAAAGCCCUCAGCCACACCGAUGGCCUAUCCAAGUUACUUAUCCUCUGGCAGGUGCUCUGGUUCUCCGUAUCGGAGUUGCAGCGUAUCAGAGAAGGCCUACCCAUGACGACGUUUGAGCUUACCGCUCUCCCCUUCUCUCUCAUCAUGCUCAUCACCUCGCUGUGUUGGUUUCCGAAGCCAACCAUCUCCCGUCCUAUCAUCCUUUAUACGAAGGACGGGAGGAGCAUUGAGCAUAUCCGGAUGGCGGCCAGGAAUUCGACUCACCCCGACCUCCGCUCAAUCUGGUACCGCACCCCUCUUGACUUCAUCUCCCCCUACCGCCGAUUCCGCGUAGACGUCCACUGGUCGAAAUACGAACAGCUCACCUACAUGGUCCGCGUGCCGCUCUUCUCCCGGGAGAUCAGGGCCCGGCCGUGGGACCGACUGCCCUCCGCUGCUUGGUUGGUAAUCGACCGGACGCUGUUCGCACCCGCCUUCCUGGUCAACACAGUCUUCGGUGUCUCGCCCCUGGCGGCAUGGAACUUCCACUUCGCCACCCACGGGGAAAGGCUCGCUUGGCGUAUGUGCGGCAUCUAUCACGCGCUGUUCUCCAUCAGCUUGGGCGUGUACUACAUCUACGUUGUGCUGCACCCUCCGCAAAACACAGAGGCGGGGAAGGCUCCUGGGACGGCUGGUGCUGCGGCUACUACUGGUAACACCAGUUCGUCGGCGACCCUGCAAGCUGGUGCUAGUCCAAGCGAAGGCCAGCAACGCCAGGGGGGCGGGAAAGGGCAAGCCUUUGGGGUCACGGCGUCUGCCGACGUGGAAGCACGCUUGGCGAAUUCCGCAGAGCAUGUCAGCCUGAGACGCAAACGUAUCAUCCAAGCGGCGGUAGAAUGGCUGGACCGCUGGCGGAAUAUCUCUCCAGACGGCGACCCGGACAUGGAAAUCGGUCUUCGGGCGACGUUUCUUCCUCUGGCAGGCACCUUUCUCUACAUUUUCUGUCGUAUGUUUUUCUAUGUGGAAUGUUUCAUCGCGAUAAGGCAACAGCCCGUCGGCGUGUAUAAGGCGAUGAACAAGUUUCUGCCCUUCAUGAACUAG